CGGGAAGACAGCACCGCCCCUCAGCCCCCGAUGGACCUCUCUAUAAAAGGACCGGUGCGCCGUCCUGGCGCCCAGUCCGUGCCAGCAAACCGACCUCCUCAUCUCUACGUUACUAGUUUCUUCCUGCCUAGGUCGCUACGGCUCCCAUGGCCACCGGAUCUCUGCUGCCAGUGCUCCUGGCCCUGCUAGGGGCUCUGCUCCGAGGGGCUGGAAGUGCCAGCACAUCAGUGCGACCCCAAGAAGCCAUCAUACCCCGAGGAGGCUCCAUGAACGUGACCUGCCUUGCUACCUGUGAUCAAAAUGCUACUUUGGGUCUGGAGACUCUAUUGACUAAGAAGCUAGUGAGCAAUGGGAGCAACUGGGUGACCUAUGAACUCAGUGGCAUACAAGAAGACAGCACCCCAAUAUGCUUCUCCAACUGUGGUGACAGCCAGACCGGAGCUUCAAUAUCCCUUUCUGUGUACUCGUUCCCAGAAUAUGUGGAGCUAGCACCCCUGCCCCAGUGGCAGCCUGUGGGUGAAAACUUCACCCUACACUGCAAGGUGAAGGGAGGUGCACCCCGGAGCAACCUCUCUGUGGUGCUGCUCCGAGGGAAGGAGGUGCUGGACCGGUGGCCUGUGAAGGGGCAUCCCGCUGAAGUCACCACCACAGAGCUGGCACGCAGAGAGGACCAUGGCGCCAAUUUCUCUUGCCGCACAGAACUGGACCUUCGGACUCAAAGCCUGGGAUUGCUCCAGAACAGCUCAGCUACCAGACAGCUCCAAACCUUUGUCCUGCCAGAGAUCGGCCUACAUCUUGCUACUCCCCGAAUCAUGGAAGUGGGCACACAGUCGCCUGUGAACUGCACCCUGGGUGGGCUGUUCCCAGCCUCAGAGGCCCAGGUCUUCUUGGCACUGGAGGACCAGAGGCUGGAACCCACAGUCAAGUACGGCAAUGACUCCCUUUGUGCCACCGCCUUGGUCAGGGUGAAUGCAGGGGAGGAAGGCAUCCAGCAGCUGAAGUGUACAGUGACGCUUGGAAACCGGAGUCGGAGCACUAGGGAGACUGUGACCAUCUACAGCUUCCCAGCUCCCAACCUGACCCUGAGCGAGUCGGAGGUCCCGGAGGGGACUAUGGUGACAGUGGAAUGCAACGCCCAUCCUGGAGCCGUAGUGAUGCUGAAUGGGUCCCUAGCUGGGACUCUAGGCUCAAGUGCCCGGUUCACACUGAAUGCCAGUGAGGAGCACAACGGAAGUAACUUCUCAUGCUCUGCUGUCCUGGAGGUGGAUGGGAUAAAGCUGUACAAGAACAAGACCCAGAAGCUCCUUGUCCACUAUGGCCCCCGACUAGACGAAAGUGAUUGCCCAAGAAACUGGACUUUGCAGGAAGGCUCCCAGCAGACCCUGAAGUGCCUGGCCAGGGGGAACCCCACCCCCCAGGUGAAAUGUCACCGGAUAGGGGACAAGGCUUUGCUAUCCAUUGGGGUCCAGAAGACUGUCAAGCGGAAUAUUUCGGGCACCUACAAUUGUCAGGCCAGCGGCUAUCAUGGUGUGGUCACCUGUAAAGUGGUUGUGAACGUGAACUACCAUGACCAGAAUAAUAACAUGGUCAUCAUCAUUGUGGUGGCAGCUGCUGUCUUCUUGGUCACUGUGAGCACAGCUGUUUACCUCUAUAACCGCCAGCGGAAAAUCCGGGAAUACAAGCUACAGAAGGCCCAGGAAGCAUGUAACAUAAAGCUGAACACACCGAACACACCACCCUGAGCCUGUCCCUGGACAGGGCCUUCACCGGUGGCAGCUGCGCUACACUGAACAGUGGUGGACAUUUGCCAUUCAGCUGCACCCACUGUCCUGGGAUGCCGGAGCACAGGACAGAGGCCUUAGCCAGAGGACAGACAGCAUUGAGGGUCAUGG